CAGAUAAUUUCAUUUUGUGAUGAGUUGACCAAGGAGAAACCACAACCUGUACUGCUGGCUUCACCGAUAUGAAUGAGCAAGCACUCGAGGGACUUGGGUCUUUCGCAACCGCCGAAGAUCGCAACAGGGCCUUGGCGUACUUUGAGCAGUUGAAGCAGUCUGACAAUGGAUGGAAGUUAUGUGCGGAAGCUAUCACUCAGGGGGUCUAUGAGAAUGAUCACAUCAAGUUCUUCUGCUUUCAAGUUCUGGAACACUUCAUCAAUGAACGAUAUGUGACAGCUGACCCUGCCGAUCAACAACUCUUGAAACAAACCCUGAUGACAUGGCUUCAUAUGCAGACAAUGGCCACCCAAGAAGAGAAGAGUUUUGUCAGAAACAAGGCAGCUCAGCUCUUCUCCCUCAUGUUCAUCAACGACUUCCCACACCGGUGGCCGACAUUCUUCUCUGACCUCCUACAAAUGCUUCAGGUCGGCGAAGCGGCCAUCGACAUGUACCUAAGGGUACUGCUGGCCAUUGACACCGAGGUCGUUGACCGGGAGAUCAUCCACUCGCAAGAGGAAACAAUAAGGAAUAAUCAACUCAAGGAUGAUAUGAGAGAAAAGUGUAUCCAGGACCUGGUCAACUCUUGGUUCCAGAUACUUAAGAACUAUGAAUCUUCAAACCCCGAGCUUGCCUGUCUGUGCCUGGAAGUUGUCGGCGUGUAUGUAUCGUGGAUCGACAUCGGUCUGAUCGCAAACGAGCGUUUCGUGGGUCUUCUACUCCAUCACCUGUCCAUCGAUGUUCUCCGGGAGAGCGCAUGCGAUUGCUUCCAUGAGAUCAUUGAGAAGGGCAUGGAUCCUGUCGCCAAGACGGAGCUGGUGGAGUCUGUGACCAAAGUCUUGCAGGAUUCCGGCGUCAUACCACCAUCAGGGGAAGAGGACAUAGACUUUGUAGCAAAACUAUCCAAACUCACCAACGGCAUCGGAUGCAACCUCAUAGCAUCCUGGCAAAAAUUGGUGAAGAGUAAGAAUUCUGUUGGAGCACUGAACACAUUACAAGCCAUUGAUAGUAAAUUACCCCUACUCUUCAUGUUUCUCGGUCAUGAGGACGAUGACAUCUCAUUAGCUGUAUCAGAGUUUGCCAGGGAUUAUAUGGGUAUUUUAAAACAGAUUGAUACCCUGAAUGAGAGCCAAAUUGCCAAUGCCCAGAGGCUUCUCCUGAUUCUCUUUGACAAGUUCCGUUACGACGAGACGUACAACUUUGAUGCCCAGGGAGAAGAUGAGAUUAUGUUUAUAGACUACCGCCGUCAGCUGAAAGUCCUCUUUGACAACCUUGCACAGCUCAAUCAGAACAUGGUCCUCUCAAAUGUCCAUUCUGUUGUCAUGGAGACAUUAGGACAAUGGAGGAGUAAGAAGUUCACGGAUGUUGAGUUGGCUGUGAGAUUACUGUACAUGUUAGGUGAGGCCAUUCCUGCCAGAGAAGGAAAUCACUUCUUAGGAGACUCUGCCAAGACAGAACCCAUCAAAGAAAUGAUGAGAAUGUUGGUAUCAUCAGGUGUAGUAGGACAUUCUCAUUGGGCUGUCACAUUACAAACCUAUGAGACAGUUGUCCGCUACGAGAAGUUCUUCAACCAAGAGCCCCAGCACAUCCCUGAUAUCCUAGUCACGUUCCUAGACGACCGAGGUCUGAGGCACCGUCAUCCCACGGUCAGGAGCAGAUCGGCAUACCUCUUCUCCCGUUUCAUCAAGUCCCUCAAACAUCAUCUCGGGAACUUCACAGAGGAGAUCCUCAAGAGGAUACAAGACCUUCUCAUCAUUGUAUUACCGGAGAAUGGUCAUCCGCCAUUAUUGACCACAGAUGACCAGCUGUUUCUCUAUGAAGGAGCAGGAAUCAUAAUCACAUGUAGUGCCUUUGAACCUGAGAAGAAGCAGAUUCUUCUGAGGAAUGUACUAGCACCCAUCAUAGAUAAGUUCAACACCCUCUAUCCUAAGUUAUGUUCAGAGACGGACGAGCAACGGCAAGUCCUCUUGGCUGAAAUCAUUGCUCACUCCAUAGCAUGCACCAGUCGCACCAGUAAGGCAUUCCAUUCCCAGCUGACCAUCAAGCAGUGCGGCGUGGAGAACUGCUACACCGAGGCCUUGGACGUCUUCCUGAGGGCGCUAGACGUACCCCACCAGCACGGCAUCGUCCAUGCCUCGGUCAGGCAGUACCUGCACAGGAUGGUCGUGUGCCUGGAGGAAGCAGUGUUACCGUAUGUACCCGUGGCCGUUGAGCAUCUCCUGAAGAAGUCCGAAGCGAGGGAUCUACACAAGUUCAUGCCCCUGAUCAACCAAAUCAUCUCAAAGUUCAAGAAAACUAUUAUCCGUUUCCUGCAAGCAGUGUUCAUGCCCAUCGUAAGGACCAUUGACAGCGUCCUGAAGCAACCGGCUGAAGAAGCAGAUACCCAAGCCACCAUAGACAAACAGACGUUGAGGAGAUGCUACUUCCAGUUCCUUCAGUGUAUCGCUAUGAAUGAUUGUCUGGAGGUCAUCAGUCACCAAGAACAACCAUGUUUUGAAGAGGUAUUACUGAGUGUGGUACGUGCUACGAUCGAGGAACCUGACCCCUCGAUGAUCAAGACUUGCUUCAACAUCUUGAAGAGAUUGAUAGAGUCUUGGGGUGGGAACGGAGGGAUGCCUCUCUUCAGAGAUUUCAUCUACAAGUACGUCGUCCCCGCCUGUUUCUUAGCGCCGCUUCAGAAGACCUUUGACCUCGCCGAUGCACAAACCGUCUUGGCCUUGGGUGAAGCCUCAACAGUACUUAAGAGUAUCUACACUAAGGAUGGAUUGAACCUGAUACAGUUUCUCCAAACGGAAUGUUUUUUGUCUCUGCCAGUCCAUGUGGACACGGACUCCGCCCAGGUGAGUUCACACAAUCCUAUUAUUUUGUUUUUUUUGUCUUUCUGUCUGUUUGGAUUAUUUGUUGAGUGUAAAUGACCAUCUGCUGUAUACUGUCAAAAUCAAUAAACUACUUACUAUAUAGGAGGAAUGAUUCCAACAUUGUAGCCAUGGUGCCAGGAUGGUAGACUCCUUCUCUUCUGAAGUAUGCUUUUUUAUAAAUAUAUACAGAGUAUACUUUUAAUCUAAUCAAGCAUGGAUAGAUUAAAAAUAUUUGCCGCAAAAUGAUGGGGGUGGGUGUAGUAUUAAUUCAAAAUUUUUUUGUUGGUAUGGAUGAUUGUAAUACAGUUUGAAGAUGCGUCAGUAACUGAAAACUUUGUGUCAGGACGGUAGACUCCUCCUCUUCUGAAGUAUGCUUUUUUAUAAAUAUAUACAGAGUAUACUUUUAAUCUAAUCAAGCAUGGAUAGAUUAAAAAUAUUUGCCGCAAAAUGAUGGGGGUGGGUGUAGUAUUAAUUCAUAAUUUUUUUGUUGGUAUGGAUGAUUGUAAUACAGUUUGAAGAUGCGUCAGUAACUGAAAACUUUGUCAUGCAGCUGUGUCAGAUGUUGUUUGAAGGUUUGCAUGGUGGUAUGUACAAUCGCUGAUGUGGUUUACGGUACACCAUGUGAAGUGUUAUAGAAACAGUGGAUAGAAGAAGAGAAGAAAUGGAUAGGCGAGAAAGUGGAGAUUUGAGAGUAGAGUAUUCUUUCUUGAAAGUAGUCCUGAAAAGGACUGUAAACCAGGAAAGAUUGAUGAGUUGAGAACAGCUUGAGUAGUAGAGCUAAUGAGGAGAUGCUGGCUUGAGUCGGCGAGUAGAGAUGAUGAGUAGUAGAGAGACUCGACGUUUCGGGCAGGUUGACUGUCCGUCUUCAGGAGUGUGUUUGUAUGAUUCUGUGUUUUGGGAUUACGGAAUGGUUAGCUGGAUUGCUUUGAAGUUGUGUUAAAGCUCAGGGACUUAACAGCUUGAUAGAUUUAAGUAACAACUUCUAGCCCUGGGGCCCAUAACACAAAGCAUAGUAAUGACCGUAUAACUUUUUCUACGAUUGAUUCCAUUGACUGCGAUGUACAAUCAAUCGUGAAAAUCAAGCCUAUGGUUGAUUGCUAAACUUUGUGUUACAGGACCCGAAUAAUGUCAUGAUGAUGAUGGCCAUAAUGGUGGUGGUUGUGAUUUUGGUGUUGGUAAUGACGAUGGUAAUAAUAAUAAUAAUAAUAAUACAUAUGAUUUAUAUAACGUCUUGUCCAUUUUGAGUAAAUGCUAAAGGCGCUUAUAAGAGAGC